UCCGGACACAGAACACCCAAUCAUGGAUAAAAAUGAGCUGGUGCAGAAGGCCAAACUGGCUGAGCAGGCUGAGCGAUAUGAUGAUAUGGCAGCCUGCAUGAAGUCUGUAACUGAGCAAGGAGCUGAAUUAUCCAAUGAGGAGAGGAAUCUUCUCUCAGUUGCUUAUAAAAAUGUCGUAGGAGCCCGUAGGUCAUCUUGGAGGGUCGUCUCAAGUAUUGAGCAAAAGACGGAAGGUGCUGAGAAAAAACAGCAAAUGGCUCGAGAAUACAGAGAGAAAAUUGAGACAGAGCUAAGAGAUAUCUGCAAUGAUGUACUGUCUCUUUUGGAAAAGUUCUUGAUCCCCAACGCUUCACAAGCAGAGAGCAAAGUCUUCUAUUUGAAAAUGAAAGGAGACUAUUACCGUUACUUGGCUGAGGUUGCUGCUGGUGAUGACAAAAAAGGGAUUGUGGAUCAGUCACAACAAGCAUACCAAGAAGCUUUUGAAAUCAGCAAAAAGGAAAUGCAGCCAACGCAUCCUAUCAGAUUGGGUCUGGCUCUUAACUUCUCUGUGUUCUAUUAUGAGAUUCUGAACUCCCCAGAGAAGGCCUGCUCGCUUGCAAAGACAGCUUUUGAUGAAGCCAUUGCUGAACUUGAUACGUCAAGUGAAGAGUCAUACAAAGACAGCACGCUAAUAAUGCAAUUACUGAGAGACAACUUAACAUUAUGGACCUCGGAUACCCAAGGGGAUGAAGCUGAAGCAGGAGAAGGAGGGGAAAAUUAACCGGCCUUCCAACUUUUGUCUGCUUCAUUCUAAAAUUUACACAGUAGACCAUUUGUCAUCCAUGCUGUCCCACAAAUAGUUUUUUGUUUACGAUUUAUGACAGGUUUAUGUUACUUCUAUUUGAAUUUCUAUAU